AUGCUGUCUGUAACGGAAAAACUCUAUCUUUAUGAUUCAUUAGCGGGAUCUCCUACGGUGAGACCCGAUGGAAGAUUGCCUCAUCAAUUCAGACCCAUUGAGAUUUACACAGAUUUCUUACCCAGCUCAAAUGGCUCCUCUAGAAUCAUUGCAAGUGAUGGCAGUGAAUGCAUUGUUAGUGUCAAGGUAAAAGUUGUUGAUCACACAGUAUCGGACGACCUAUUACAGGUAGAAGUUGAUAUAGCGGGGCAAAGAGAUGAUUCUCCGCAAGUAGAGACAAUUACCGCCUUUCUAAAUAAGGUUCUCGAGCCAACAGUGGGUAUCGAUACCUCAAAUUUGACACUUACUAAGAAAUAUAGUUUCAAAAUUUUCAUCGAUGUCCUUGUUCUUUCAUCAUAUUCGCAUCCAGUCUCUUUAAUAUCAUUCGCAAUUUAUUCUGCUUUAAAAUCGACCUAUCUACCGAAACUUGUGUCAAGCUUUGAUGAUUUGGAAGUCGAAGAGUAUCCCACCUUCCACGAUCAUGAUUUGGUUAAACUAAAUAUCAACCCGCCACUAGUUUUUGUUACCGCAAUAAUAGGCGAUAACAUCUUCAUGGAUGCAUCCGCCAGUGAAUGUGACGUAUCAAGCAACGGUCUCAUUGUAACAUGGUUAGAUGGCAAGGUGAUAGCACCUAUAAGAACGACUAUUUUAAGUGAUAAUGAUGUAAAAGGAUUCAAUCCCCAAAUAAUUCCAAAGGCAAUCAAGAUGAUAGAGCAAUAUGCUGGUGAUAUUUUGCAGGCUUUGGAAAAUCUAUAG